AUGAUUUCUCUUUCUGUCCUGUUGGCACUUUUAGUCGGUGGGAGCGAUGACCAUUUUCCUCACAUUGAACACUUUGAAGGUGCCCUGGAUGAAGCACCUCUAGAGCGUCUACUUCCUGCGUUGGUAAAAUUUUAUAAUCAGUAUUCGAGCCAGCCAUACAGAUAUGUGGCUUUUGAUGCAAACCAGACACUGAAAACUAACUUAAGGGGCUAUAAGUACCAUUUCUCCGUUCUACUGGCCCCCACUACUUGCCCUAAAAGCCAUGUUGAUCACAUAUCUAUUGCAAACUUGGGACCUUGCUUGUUGAAAGAAUAUGGGUUUCGACAAUGCAAUUUCUUUCUGAGCUACCAAAAGGGCUUAGUAUAUGACGACAGUAAGUUGUAUUUUGAAGGAUGUCGACGUGCUGUCCCAAGAAUACCUAAAAACCUACAGUACUUAGGCUUUAAGCUGCCUGAAAAUGUGGAUGAGAUGUAUGCACAGUUUAAGUUAACGUAUAGAAAACAGUAUCAUGAGACAGAAGAUGAAAUUAGGUUUGAUAUCUUCAAAUCUAAUCUCUUAACAGCUCAAUUGUAUCAGGUACUUGAAAGAGGUUCAGCUGUUUAUGGAGUGACACCUUACUCAGAUUUAACAAGUGAUGAAUUCGCACGCACUCAUCUAACAGCUUCUUGGGGAGGGUCGUCUGGUAAAAGUAAUACACUGAUUUCGCUGAGCGAAAUGGAUGAGAAUAUACCAAAAAACUUCGAUUGGCGAGAAAAAGGUGCUGUAACUGAAGUAAAGAAUCAAGGAAUGUGUGGUUCUUGUUGGGCCUUUUCAACCACUGGUAAUGUUGAAAGUCAAUGGUUCCGAAAAACUGGAAAACUUUUAUCACUUAGUGAGCAGCAACUUGUUGACUGUGACGGUCUAGAUGAUGGUUGUAAUGGAGGUUUGCCAUCAAAUGCUUAUGAAUCAAUCAUAAAAAUGGGUGGUUUAAUGCUUGAAGAUAAUUAUCCUUAUGAUGCGAAAGAUGAAAAAUGUCAUUUAAAAGUUGAUAAUGUUGCAGUGUACAUAAAUAGUUCAGUAAAUUUAACUCAGAAUGAAACGGAACUUGCUGCUUGGCUGUAUCAUAAUUCAGCAAUUAGCGUUGGUAUGAAUGCAAUGCUUUUACAGUUUUAUCGUCAUGGAAUUAGUCAUCCGUGGUGGAUUUUCUGUCCGAAGUUUAUGCUUGAUCAUGCUGUUUUACUUGUUGGUUACGGAGUUUCCGAAGAAAAUGAACCAUUCUGGAUUGUAAAGAAUAGCUGGGGCAGUGAAUGGGGUGAAAAUGGUUAUUUCCGUAUGUAUCGAGGUGAUGGAACUUGUGGCAUUAAUACAGUUGCUACAUCAGCACUGAUCUACUAG